GAGCACGCACUGCUCAGUUGCAAUCGAGAAGCGCUGAUUACCGGCUCAAGAUGCACUGACGAAACGAAAGAACAAUGCAAAAUACCGAGUAAACAAAAUACACCCAAGUGACGCGUACUAAAUACGAAAAACCUUCAUUCGCAAUGUCAAUGACCGCACUUUUGUUGACACUCAUCGUCGCCCUGCUUGUUGUGCUGUUUAUUUGUUUGCGCCGCCGCUUGAACUACUGGCGCAGACUCGGCGUAGCGCACGACAAGCCCAACUGGCUGCUGGGCAAUCUGGUCGGCAUUCACCGCACAGUGAGCUAUGCCGAUAUCAGUCGAAAUAUCUACUUGAAGUACAAAGGCACUGGUCCCUUCUGCGGCUUCUACUUCUUUCUGCGUCCGGCGGUAGUGCUCUUGGAUGUAAAUCUGAUCAAGAAUGUGCUUAUAACGGAUUUUGCCAAUUUCGCCGAUCGCGGUAUGUUUAAUAAUGAACGUGACGAUCCGCUGACGGGGCAUCUCUUCCUCUUGGAUGGCCACAAAUGGCGUAGCUUACGUGGUAAACUCUCGCCCACAUUCUCGUCUGGGAAAAUGAAAUUCAUGUUCCCCACCAUCGUAGAGGUUACGCACAAUUUGGUUGAAGUGUUGGGUGAACAGCUGCAAGAGGAAAAUGUCGUCGAGCUAAAGGAGAUUUUGGCACGUUACACCACGGACAUAAUUGGUAAGGUUGCUUUUGGCAUCGCUUGUAACUCGCUGCGUGAUCCAGAUGCGGAAUUUCGUGUUAUGGGGCGGCGUAUUUUUAGUGAGGAACGCCAUGGACCAUUGGUAAGUGGUUUUCUGCACAGCUUUCCGAAUUUAGCGCGCCAAUUGCGUAUGCGUUCAAUAAAUGAUGACAUUAGCGAUUUCUUUAUGCGCAUCGUGCGUGAAACUGUGGAGUACCGUGAGAAGAACAACAUCAAAUGCAAUGAUUUUAUGAGUAUUUUAAUUGAUUUGAGAAACGAUAAGCAACUGCGCGGUGAGAACGGCGAGGAGAAAUGCCUCAGCAUGGCGGAGAUGGCAGCACAGACCUUUGUUUUUUUCAUUGCCGCCUUCGAGACCUCCUCAACAACAAUGUCCUUCGCACUGUACGAGUUGGCACUACAGCCAGAGUUGCAGGAACGCUUGCGGCGUGAGGUGCAUGUUACAUUUGCGAAACACAAUAAUGAGUUCACUUAUGAGUGUCUACAGGCUAUGCGGUACAUGGAUCAGGUGGUAGCUGAAACACUGCGAAAAUACACCGUUGUACCACACUUAAAUAGACAGGCUUUGAGCGAUUACCAAGUGCCGGGCCAUCCGAAUUAUGUUAUCAAAAAGGGCAUGUCGAUUAUCGUGCCCUCUGUGGGCAUACACUACGACCCCGACAUCUAUCCUAACCCCGACCAUUGGGAUCCAGAGCGUUUUACGCCGGAAAAGCGCCAGCAGCGCGAAACGGUAGAGUGGCUGCCUUUUGGUGAGGGCCCACGGAAUUGUAUUGGGCAGCGAUUCGGUAACAUGCAGAUUCGUAUCGGCUUAGCGCAUUUAUUGCAGAAAUUUCGGUUCAGCAUAUGCGACAAAACGGAGAUACCUUUGAAGAUGAAUGUGAAGUCAUUUUUAGUUAAUACACUUAAUGGUAUAUACUUGAGAGUGGAGGAAUUGGAGGAACUGAACUGACACGCUACUCUAGCAUCGUGAGAGUUAUCGGCCAGGUUAUAUAAGUUUAAUGGAAAUAAAAAAGUAGUAUAAGUAAAAGUA